AGGAAGAAACACGUGGAGGCCGCGAGCCACGCUGGAGCUCGGGCGGAUAACGGGCGGAGCCAUGGAGGGACCCCGGGAGCUUCUGAGUAGGAAGCUCCGGCUCUGCUUCACCCCCGCUGCCCGGACCAGCCUCCUGCUGCUCAGGCUCAACGACGCGGCGCUGCGGGCGCUGCACGAGUGUCAGCGGCAACAGGUUCGGCCAGUGAUUGCUUUCCAAGGCAACCGAGGGUAUUUGAGGGUCCCACGUCCUGGCUGGUCCUGCCUCUUUUCCUUCAUAGUGUCUCAGUGUGGCCAGGAGGGCCCUGGUGGUGGCUUGGAUCUUGUGUGCCAACAUUUAGGCAGAUCUGGGCCUAACCGCCUCCACUGCCUGGGUCCACUCAGGGAGCGCCUCACUAUUUGGGCAGCCAUGGAUUCUGUCCCAGCCCCAUCUUCAGUUCAGGGACACAACCUGACUGAAGAUGCCAGAGAUCACGAGAGCUGGCAGAACAUGGGAGACUAUUCUGCAGGAGACACAAUUUCACAGCCACAGAUGGCACUAGAAGAGGUGGCAGAUCCACUGGCAAGCAGCCAAGGACAGUCACUCCCAGGAUCCUUGAGGGAACACAUGGCACAGUGGGAAGUGAGGAACCAGACCCAUCUUCCAAACAGAGAGCCUGAUCAGGUACUGCCUUCCUCUGCUAGCCAGAAACACGUGGACAAGAAACGUCCAGCACCUGCAGCUACUGUAAAACUAAAAGAAAAGAGGCUCAGAUCUCUGUCUCUAGCUCCAAGUCCCCUACAAGGGCUGCCUAGUCAGGAGCUACAGGAGAGAGAAGAUUGGGAGCAAGAAGAUAAAGAAGAUAAAGAUGAAAACAUUAGCCCCAGGCUGGUGCACAGUCCCUCAGUUCAAGCAGACUCUGAAUCCCCAAGCCCUGAAGAGGUACCAGAUUACCUCCUGCAAUACAGGGCCAUCCACAGUGCAGAACAGCACCAUGCUUACAAGCAGGACUUUGAGACAGAUUAUGCUGAAUACCGCACUCUGCAUGCCCGUGUUGGGGCUGCAAACCAAAGGUUCAGAGAGCUGGGAGCAGAGAUGAAGAGCACUCAACGAGGAACUCCAGAAUACAAGAUGCUGGAAGAAAAGAUAGUCCAGGAAUAUAAAAAGUUCAGGAAGCAGUACCCAGGUUACAGGGAAGAAAAGCACCGUUGUGAGUACCUGCAUCAGAAAUUGUCCCACAUUAAAGGUCUCAUCCUGGAGUUUGAGGAAAAGAACAGGGGCAGCUGAAGAUGACAGAGGGCUCUUUACCCUCUGCCCAGUGUGCUAUGAAGGAACAAAGCAGCUAUUAACUAGUGUACAAUUGUCUGCUCUUCUUAUUGCUGAGUCCAUGGUGGGAAGUAGGAGAGCUGCUCUAGGUUCUUAAGGUUUUUCAUAUUGCCAUAUUUAAAAUUUUAGGGCAUGGGCACAGUGCCAAGACUCCACAGCUGUGCCCAGGAGACUAGGAAAAGUAGCAGAGACUUGGCUUCUCCACCUUUAGUUCAGCCAAGUUAUUUUUAAAUCCUGAGAAAUGAUACCAUUUCCAGGACAAGAUACCUUGAGAACAUCAGAAUUUACUUGGUAGCCUCCCUGAAGAAACAAUGAAAACUUUUGGUAACAACUAAAGGAACUUGUAAUACAACUGGAUAUAAUGGGAAAGGGCUUGGGUGUUACCCAUGUACUGAAAGUGAAUUAUUUUACAAACAUGGCUAAAAAAUUAAAACUGAUUGCUUCUG